CGGGUACUGGAAGAGGCGAGGGGGAGAGUGCACCAUAGCAGAGAGACGGCAGGAGAAAAGGGAGACUACGAGACGCGCCGCGCCGGCGCCCCGAGACCCAGGAGGAGCCCGCAGCAGUUAGGUUGUGAUGGGGAUUCUCCCCUCCCUUUUGCUCCACAAUGCCUUGGUGAGCGGUCUCGGCGACCGAGCUACCCGUGGAAGAAUUGGGGCUGAGAUGUCGCGGCGGGUGGCCGCAGAUGGGGAUGCUGGAGAAGGAAGGAGUUCAUCACAAGUUCGCAAUCUGUGUCCGGAAGCUGGUGUGGCCUGGGAGGGCGUUUCGAGCACCGGUCCUACUGGCCAGCCGUGUGCUGCUUUCUCAGAAAUACCACCCAGAGACAUCUCCUCUGCACCCUGACCCAGCCAUCUUCAGAAAGUUGGAGGUCACAUUCCCUCCUAUGGCUGCCCACCUACGCCGGCAGAAAACUGGCUCAUGCCCUCACUCUUGGAGCUGCCCAGAUAACCGGCCCGAGUCAUGCAGUCUUUUCGAGAAAGGUGUGGUUUCCAUGGCAAACAGCAAAACUACCCGCAAACCUCACAGGAGACAUCGCGCCUGGAGAACUACAGGCAGCCAGGUCAGGCUGGGCUCAGCUGUGAUCGGCAGCGGCUGCUGGCCAAGGACUAUUACAGCCCACAGCCCUAUACAGGCUAUGAGGGUGGCGCCGGCACACCUGGCACAGUGGCCACGACAGCUGCAGACAAGUACCACCGAGGCAGCAAGUCCCUGCAGGGGAGGCCGGCUUUCCCCGGCUAUGUUCAAGACAGCAGCCCCUACCCAGGGCGCUACUCUGGCGAGGAGGGUCUUCAGACCUGGGGGGGCCCACAGCCCCCACCUCCCCAACCGCAGCCCCUGCCAGGGGCAGUGAGCAAGUAUGAGGAGAACUUGAUGAAGAAGACGGUGGUGCCCCCAAACAGGCAGUACCCUGAGCAGGGCCCCCAACUUCCCUUCCGGACUCACAGCCUGCAUGCCCCCCCACCACAGCCUCAGCAGCCCCUGGCUUACCCCAAACUCCAGAGGCAGAAACCCCAGAAUGACCUUGCCUCCCCUCUGCCCUUCCCCCAGGGCGGCCACUUUCCCCAGCAUUCUCAGUCCUUCCCCGCCUCCUCCACCUACGCCCCAGCGGUGCAGGGCGGUGGGCAGGGGGCCCACUCAUACAAGAGCUGCACAGCACCAUCCGCCCAGCCCCACGACCGGCCGAUGAGUGCCAAUGCCAGCCUGGCCCCAGGACAGCGGGUCCAGAGUCUUCACGCCUACCAGUCGGGCCGCCUCAGCUAUGAGCAGCCGCAGCCGCCGCAGGCACUUCAAGGCCGGCACCACACCCAGGAAACUCUCCACUACCAGAACCUCGCCAAGUACCAACACUAUGGACAGCAAGGCCAGGGCUACUGUCCGCCGGACACAGCUGUCAGGACUCCAGAGCAGUAUUACCAGACCUUCAGCCCUAGCUCCAGCCACUCCCCUGCACGUUCUGUGGGGCGCUCUCCUUCCUAUAGCUCCACCCCGUCGCCACUGAUGCCCAACCUGGAGAACUUCCCCUACAGCCAGCAGCCGCUUAGUACUGGGGCCUUCCCCACAGGCAUCACAGACCACAGCCACUUUAUGCCCCUGCUCAAUCCCUCGCCGACGGAUGCCGCCAGUUCUGUGGACCCCCAGGUCAGCAACUGCAAGCCCCUGCAAAAGGAGAAGCUCCCCGACACCUUGCUGUCGGACCUCAGCCUGCAGAGCCUCACGGCACUCACCUCACAGGUGGAAAACAUCUCCAACACGGUGCAGCAGCUCCUGCUCUCCAAAGCUGCCAUGCCCCAGAAGAAAGGGGUCAAGAGCCUCGUGUCGAGGACUCCGGAGCAGCACAGGAACCAGCACUGUAGCCCCGAGGGCAGCGGUUACUCCGCUGAGCCGGCAGGCACGCCGCUGUCCGAGCCGCCCAGCAGCACCCCCCAGUCCACGCAUGCCGAGCCACAGGACACUGACUACCUGAGUGGCUCCGAGGACCCCCUCGAGCGCAGCUUCCUCUACUGCAGCCAGGCCCGCGGCAGUCCCGCCAGGGUCAACAGCAACUCCAAGGCCAAGCCUGAGUCUGUGUCCACCUGUUCUGUGACCUCACCCGACGACAUGUCCACCAAGUCUGACGACUCUUUCCAGAGCCUGCACAGUACUCUGCCUCUGGACAGCUUCUCUAAAUUCGUGGCAGGCGAGCGAGACUGCCCACGGCUGCUGCUCAGUGCCCUGGCACAGGAAGAUCUGGCCUCUGAGAUCCUGGGGCUUCAGGAAGCCAUCGUUGAGAAGGCUGACAAGGCCUGGGCUGAGGCUUCCAGCCUGCCCAAGGACAAUGGCAAGCCACCCUUCUCACUGGGGAACCACAGCACUUGCCUAGACACUGUGGCCAAGACGUCAUGGUCACAGCCAGGGGAACCAGAGACCCUACCUGAGCCCUUGCAGCUGGACAAGGGUGGAAGCACCAAGGCCUUCAGCCCGGGGCUGUUCGAAGACCCUUCUGUGGCCUUCGCCACCGCUGACCCGAAGAAGACCACCAGUCCCCUGUCCUUUGGCACCAAGCCUCUGCUUGGGGCUGCCACUCCAGACCCCACCACGGCCGCAUUUGACUGCUUUCCAGACACGACCACUGCCAGCUCUGUGGACGGUGCCAACCCCUUUGCCUGGCCAGAGGAGAAUCUGGGCGACGCUUGUCCUCGCUGGGGCCUCCACCCUGGUGAGCUCACCAAGGGCUUGGAGCAGGGCGCGAAGACCUCAGACAGUGUCGGCAAAGCGGAUGUACACGAGAGCCCUGCCUGCUUGGGCUUCCAGGAAGAGCAUGCCAUGGGGAAGCCCACAGCAGUGCUGUCUGGGGACUUCAAGCAGCAGGAGGCAGACGGGGUGAAGGAGGAAGUGGGUGGGUUGCUGCAGUGCCCUGAGGUGGGCAAAGCUGACCAGUGGCUGGAGGACAGCCGCCAUUGCUGCUCCUCCACUGACUUCGGGGACCUGCCGCUGUUGCCACCGCCUGGCCGGAAGGAGGACCUGGAGGCCGAAGAGGAGUACUCCUCCCUGUGUGAGCUGCUGGGGAGCCCUGAGCAGAGGCCCAGCCUGCAGGACCCACUGUCCCCCAAGGCCCCGCUGAUGUGCACCAAGGAGGAAGCAGAGGAGGUGCUGGACACCAAGGCCGGCUGGGCCCCCCAGUGUCACCUCUCUGGGGAGCCUGCCAUCCUACUGGGCCCCUCCGUGGGUGCCGAAUCAAAGGUCCAGAGCUGGUUUGAGUCUUCACUGUCACAUAUGAAGCCAGGAGAAGAUGGGCCAGAGAUGGAGAGAGCCCCAGGUAGUUCCGCCACUUCAGAAGGCUCCCUGGCCCCGAAGCCUAACAAGCCUGCUGUGCCUGAGGUGCCCAUUGCUAAGAAAGAGCCCGUGCCCAGGGGUAAAAGUUUACGGAGCCGGCGGGUCCACCGGGGGCUGCCUGAGGCCGAAGACUCUCCGUGCAGGGUACCAGCACUUCCCAAAGACCUCUUGCUCCCCGAGUCCUGCACGGGACCCCCCCAGGGACAGGCAGAAGGGGCGGGAGCCCCAGGCCGGGGGCUGUCAGAAGGGCUCCCCAGAAUGUGUACUCGCUCUCUUACAGCUCUGAGUGAGCCCCAAACUCCUGGACCCCCGGGCCUGACCACCACGCCCACACCUCCUGACAAACUGGGCGGCAAACAGCGAGCCGCCUUCAAGUCCGGCAAGCGGGUAGGAAAACCAUCCCCCAAGGCCGCAUCCAGCCCCAGCAACCCUGCGGCCCUGCCUGUUGCCUCGGACAGCAGCCCCAUGGGCUCCAAGACCAAGGAGCCGGACUCUCCCAGCAUCCCUGGAAAGGACCAGCGUUCCAUGGUCCUCCGGUCUCGCACCAAACCCCAGCAGGUCUUCCAUGGCAAACGGCGGCGGCCCUCGGAGAGCCGGAUCCCGGACUGCCGUGCCCCCAAGAAGCUCCCUGCCAACAACCACUUAGCCACCGCAUUCAAGGUCUCCAGUGGGCCCCCGAAGGAAGGCCGGGUGAGCCAGCGGGUCAAAGUCCCCAAGCCCGGUACAGGGAGCAAGCUCUCAGAUCGGCCUCUCCACACGCUCAAAAGGAAGUCGGCGUUCAUGGCUCCCGUCCCCACCAAAAAGCGAAGCCUCAUCCUGCGCAGCAACAACGGAAGUGGACCGGAUGGGAGGGAGGAGAGGGCCGAGAGCUCCCCUGGCCUCCUGAGGAGGAUGGCCUCACCCCAAAGGGCCAGGCCCAGAGGCAGCGGGGAGCCGCCCCCACCCCCACCCCUGGACCCACCUGCUGCAUGCAUGGGGUUGGCUACACCAUCAUCCCUGCCCAGCGCUGUGAGGACCAAGGUGCUGCCACCCCGGAAGGGGCGUGGCCUCAAACUGGAGGCCAUCGUACAGAAGAUCACCUCACCUGGGCUCAAGAAACUCGCCUGCAGAGUGGCAGGGGCUCCUCCUGGGACACCCCGGAGCCCAGCCCUACCUGAGAAACGUUCGGGGGGCAGUCCAGCUGGGCCAGAGGAGGGCCUAGGAGGAAUGGGCCCUGGGCAGAUGCUCCCGGCAGCUCCAGGAGCCGACCCGUUGUGCAGAAAUGCAGCCAGCAGGUCCCUAAAAGGCAAACUCUUGAGUAAGAAACUGUCCUCUGCUGCUGACUGUCCCAAAGCUGAGGCCUUCGUGUCCCCGGAGACCCUGCCAUCCCUAGGGGCUGCCCGGGCACCGAAGAAAAGGAGCCGGAAAGGCAGGACCGGGGCCUUGGGACCCUCUAAAGGCCUGUUGGAGAAGCGGCCCUGUCCUGGCCAAACUCUGAUCCUUGCUACCCACGACAGGGCCAGCAGCACUCAGGGUGGAGGCGAGGACAGCCCCAGUGCAGGAGGCAAGAAGCCAAAGACAGAGGAGCUGGGCCUGGCCUCCCAGCCCCCUGAAGGCCGGCCCUGCCAGCCCCAGACAAGGGCACAGAAGCAGCCAGGCCAAGCCAGCUACAGCAGCUACUCAAAGCGGAAGCGCCUCAGCCGUGGCCGGGCUAAGACCACCCAUGCUUCGCCCUGUAAGGGACGUGCCACCCGGAGACGGCAGCAGCAGGUUCUGCCCCUGGAUCCUGCAGAGCCUGAAAUCCGACUCAAAUACAUUUCCUCUUGCAAGCGGCUGAGGGCAGACAGCCGCACCCCAGCCUUCUCGCCCUUUGUGCGGGUGGAGAAGCGAGAUGCGUUCACCACCAUAUGCACGGUCGUCAACUCCCCGGGGGACGAGCCCAAGCCUCACUGGAAGCCGGCCUCCUCUGCUGCCUCCUCCUCCUCCACCUCCUCCUCCUCCUCCUCCUCAGAACCAGCUGGGACCUCUCUAACCACAUUCCCUGGAGGCUCUGCGCCGCCGCAGCCGAGGCCCUCCCUGCCCCUCUCCUCCACCAUGCAUCUGGGGCCUGUGGUGUCCAAGGCCCUGAGUACCUCUUGCCUUGUCUGCUGCCUCUGCCAAAACCCGGCCAACUUCAAGGACCUCGGGGACCUCUGUGGCCCCUACUACCCUGAACACUGCCUCCCCAAAAAGAAACCAAAACUCAAGGAGAAGGUGCGGCUGGAAGGCACCUUCGAGGAGGCCUCUCUGCCUCUCGAGAGAACAGUCAAAGGCCUGGAAUGUGCAGUCGGCACCACAGCCACCGCCGCCACCGCCGUCACCACCGCCACCCCGACCCUGGGGAGGCUGUCCCGGCCUGAUGGCCCAGCCGACCCUGCCAAGCAGGGCUCCCUGCGCACCAGUGCCCGGGGCCUGUCCAGGCGGUUGCAGAGUUGCUAUUGCUGUGACGGUCAGGGGGACGGGGGUGAGGAGGUGGUCCCAGCUGACAAGAGCCGCAAACACGAGUGCAGCAAAGAGGCCCCUGCAGAACCUGGUGGGGACACCCAGGAACACUGGGUGCAUGAGGCUUGUGCCGUGUGGACCAGCGGGGUGUACCUGGUGGCCGGAAAGCUCUUUGGGCUGCAGGAGGCCGUGAAGGUAGCUGUGGACAUGCCAUGUUCCAGCUGUCAUGAAGCCGGGGCAACCAUCUCGUGCUCCUAUAAAGGAUGCAUCCACACCUACCACUACCCUUGUGCCAGUGACACAGGUUGCACAUUCGUUGAGGAGAACUUUACUUUGAAGUGCCCCAAACAUAAGAGGCAGCCGUUGUAAUUCCCACGUGGCCGAGUCUCCGAGGAAGAGGAGCUGCGCCCACAGCCGGUCCUUGAUCCCAUCCCGGGUCUUGGUUCCGGCUGCUUCGGGCGCUGGCGUGACGCCCGGGUUGCGAAGAAAACCUGUUCCAGGCCAGACUUGGCGAGGGCAGGCCACCGGGCGGCUAGACCCGGGGCACGCGGCUUCGGGCGGGGUACAAGUCCCCUGCAAGUUCUGAAACGACGUGGCAUGCAAGCUGUGCCCCCCCGGGAAGAGGCCGAGGGCGCUGCUGGCUCGGUGGACGACGUGGGGGCAGGACCCAAGCCUUUCUGGAGAGGCCCGGCUAAUGGGGGAAUACUGCCCUGGCCCCCGAGGCUUUGCCCAGGGUCGUGGCCGGCCUGGGCUCAGGCCAUGCGGUUCCUGAUGUGGGCUGGCCUGGGGCGGUGCCCUGGGGCCUGUUUGCCCCCUUUCCAGUCUUCCACCCCACUGUUGGAGCCGUCUGGAAGCUUUGGAAGCUUGAGGAAGCGGCCUGGCUACCCUCUAGGCAGCCGUCCGAUGCACCACCGUGGGUUCCAGGGACUGGCGCUCGCUCGGCUCGUGGGCGGGACAGUGCUAGACUCCGUGUACAAACCUGUGUACCCCUCUAUAUAUAUGUUAUAUAGAAUGUAUAUAUGUUGGGAACAUGCUCGCUUCUGUGUGUCGCUGCUGUGCGUCGUGUGCUCCACAGCACAGAGCCCUAAGCUGGCCUUGGCCGGGGAAGGGGCUACAGUGAUGCCCCUUCCUCAUGCAACCACCGUCACCGCCGCCACCACCACGGCCAGUCCCCACCUGUCCGUUUGUGUUCUCAGCUCUGUCCACGCUUCAAUAGGCCUGAUGCAGCCCCCCCUUUCCCUGCAACUUCCUGUACAUAUGACUGUAAAAUGGUAAACGUGUGUAUUAUAUCUGGCCUCGUUAUAUAGUGUAUAUAUAUGUAUACAUAUACAUAUAUAUAAUAUAUAUGAAGACUGUAAAUGUUAAGACAACUAGUGUUCUUAUUAGUAUAUUGCUUCACACUGAAGAUUGUGUGUAUCGAGCUGUUUCUAAAAGAUGUUUAUUUUCCUUAAGAGUUAAAAAAAGAAAAAAACAGUCAUUGCAUUCAGAAAAAAAAAAGUCAAUAAAGAUACCACGAUUGUUUUGGAA